UUGCGAAGAGCCAACCCAACCCCAUCCCCGAGUCUUAUUUCCAGGGACAUUUUCGGAGCCGAGGGCGCCUCUGCAAGAGCACUGCUGACAGGUUCCGACUCGCGGCAGAUCGCGCGACGAAUCUGCGCCUCGAACCCUCGCUUUCCAGCAGUCGCCGGAUUGCUGCCCCACAGGGAGCCAACCCGCCCGAGGACCAGCCCAGCAGGGGCUCUCUGGAUUCGUAGGCUGUGCAGGCGGCGAGCUCGCCCACACAUAUCAGCCCACUCCCUCGUCCUCCUCCCGGCGAAGAUGUCCGCCAAGCCUGAAGUCGGCUUAGUGCGCGAGGCUUCUCGGCAGAUCGUGGCCGGUGGUUCUGCAGGUCUUGUAGAAAUUUGCCUGAUGCACCCCCUAGAUGUGGUGAAAACCAGGUUUCAGAUUCAGAGAUGUGCAACUGAUCCAAACAGUUACAAAAGCUUGGUAGACAGCUUUCAAAUGAUUUUCCAAAUGGAAGGGUUGUUUGGUUUUUACAAGGGAAUUCUGCCACCUAUCUUGGCUGAAACCCCAAAAAGAGCAGUGAAGUUUUUCACCUUUGAGCAGUACAAGAAAUUGCUGGGAUAUGUGUCACUGUCACCAGCAUUGACAUUCGCCAUUGCUGGAUUGGGAUCUGGACUAACAGAAGCCGUUGUAGUUAACCCUUUUGAGGUAGUAAAAGUUGGCUUGCAAGCAAAUCGGAACACAUUUGCAGAGCAACCAUCCACUAUGGGUUAUGCAAGACAAAUCAUUAAGAAGGAAGGCUGGGGACUCCAGGGCCUCAACAAAGGAUUAACUGCAACUUUGGGACGACAUGGAGUUUUCAACAUGGUUUAUUUUGGCUUCUACUACAAUGUCAAAAACAUGAUUCCUGUCAAUAAGGAUCCAACCUUGGAGUUUUUGAGAAAAUUUGGGAUUGGUCUUCUCUCGGGGACAAUAGCCUCAGUCAUUAACAUCCCUUUUGAUGUUGCCAAAAGUAGGAUUCAAGGGCCUCAACCAGUUCCUGGAGAGAUCAAGUACAGAACCUGUUUUAAAACAAUGGCAACAGUCUAUCAGGAAGAAGGGAUUUUAGCUUUGUACAAAGGCCUGCUUCCCAAGAUUAUGAGACUUGGACCAGGUGGUGCAGUGAUGCUGCUGGUUUAUGAAUACACCUAUUCAUGGCUUCAGGAGAACUGGUGAUUGCCUAGGAAGUGUUUUUCCCCCUUGAGAUAAUGGAUAUUUGCUAUGCAGCACCAUGAAGAAGAGAGACUAUCGACCAGCCAGGUGUAUAAUUAUGAAAGAGAAAACUGUUCAAGAACAAAAUCUAUUUUAAUACUUUAAAAAUAUCUAUAGACAACUUGAGAUGAUACUUUGGCUGUAUAAAUAAAACUGUGAGAAGAAAAAAUAAUAUGGAAC